GGCAUAUUGCCAUAUCCCCAAUUCGGUGAACGUUCCCAAUUUGCCAUUUUUUUCCCUUAAAGCGACACCCUAUUUCUGAAGAACACGGGACAUCAUCGUCAACAGCAAUAGCGCAACACAUUCCCAACCCAUUUUCUCUCCAACCAAACACUCCAUCAUCCACCCCCUCUUCCCACACGAACCCAGAAACAUUUUGAACCCUAACCCACAAAUAUCCUCCCUGUAAUAAGAAAUUUAGGGCCAAUGUCUCAGCUCAAGACCACAAUUUCCCGCCUUGAUGAUCUCCCCUCUACCCCCGGAAAGUUCAAACCGGACAAACACACACCGUACGUUCAGCGCCUGCGGUUGCACUCCAAAAUUACCUUCUGGUCCUUCUUUGUGGCCUUCAUCCUCCUGUUCUUCUUCCUCACCCAUCCUUCGGCGGCCCCACCCUCGUCCUCGCGCCGAGCCCUCGGGUCCGACACCUGGGGCGGCCGCGAAUGGGAACGUCGGGUCAGCCGCUCGGCUCGCAAGCGCUCCGACUCCGGCCUCACCGUCCUAGUCACCGGCGCAGCCGGCUUCGUCGGGACUCACGUCUCUGUCGCGCUCAAGCGCCGCGGCGACGGCGUGCUGGGCAUUGACAGUUUCAACCAUUACUACGAUCCCAGCCUUAAGCGCGCCCGCGAGAAGCUCUUGGAGCGUGCCGGGGUAUUCGUUGUCGAGGGCGACAUCAACGACGCGUCGCUUCUUCAAAAACUCUUCGACGUCGUGGCGUUCACCCACGUGAUGCACCUUGCCGCGCAGGCUGGCGUGCGCUACGCGAUGCAAAACCCGGGCUCCUAUGUGAACAGCAACAUUGCCGGGCUGGUCAACCUUCUGGAAGUAUGUAAGUCAGCGAAUCCGCAGCCUUCGAUCGUGUGGGCAUCUUCGAGUUCGGUCUACGGAUUGAAUUCCAAGGUACCGUUCUCGGAAAAGGACAGGACCGACCAACCGGCGAGCCUUUACGCAGCGACAAAGAAGGCUGGUGAGGAAAUUGCACACACUUAUAACCAUAUAUACGGGCUUUCUAUUACAGGGUUAAGAUUUUUCACGGUGUACGGGCCUUGGGGUCGGCCGGACAUGGCGUAUUUCUUCUUUACAAAGGAUAUUCUAAAGGGUAAGCCAAUUACGAUAUUCGAGGCUUCUGAUCAUGGGACGGUGGCCAGGGAUUUCACCUACAUUGAUGACAUUGUGAAGGGGUGCUUGGCGGCCUUGGACACGGCGAAGAAGAGCACUGGAAGUGGUGGGAAGAAGAAGGGUCCGGCGCAGUUGAGGGUUUUUAAUCUGGGGAAUACAGCACCGAUCCCCGUGACCGAGCUUGUGAGUAUAUUGGAGAAGCUAUUGAAGGUAAAGGCUAAGAGGCAGGUGUUGCCGAUGCCCAGAAAUGGGGAUGUGAAGUUUACCCAUGCGAAUAUAAGUUUGGCACACAGGGAGCUCGGAUAUAGGCCUACAAUUGAUUUAGAGACGGGGCUAAAGAAGUUCGUGCGGUGGUACCUUAAUUAUUAUUCCGGGGGAAAGAAGAAGAGUGCCUGGUGAAAUGUUUGAAUCUGUGCUGCCCCUACAAGUCAUUGUACUUUCUCUACUUCACAUGAAUUACCUGCCUUUCGCUCUCAUUUUCCGCCUUUAUUAUAAUCUCGAUACUGUCAUAAAAUGGAUUUAACGUCCCGUGAUUGGCCAUUGAUAUGCAUUUUCCUUAAGGGGUGGCUGGUUUGUAUCAAGAGAAGAGUUGAAGAAAAUUUUAUUUCUGUUUACCACAUUUUGCUGCUUUAUUUAGGGUGUUAGUUUUUAGUUAAGGGCUUGUACAGUCCAUGACCGGUGGUAGAUGACAAAGAUAUCCGAUUUGUGGACUUCAUUUCAUCAUCUCGAUUGCAAUUGAAAUAAAUAAAUAAAAACAUUUGUUGCAAUGGGAA